AGGUGACGGGCGCUCAUUCUGUGUCUUCCCGAGAAUGUGCUGUUCCUUACGCCCUUGUGUUUGACCUUUGCUGGUAAAUUCGACGUUUCUUAUGUUUCCGUCCAUGUUCUGUUUUGCAGAGUGACUCCGCCGUUUCCUAAAGACUGAGGACUUCGAAAAUUGACCCAGGAAGAGCUCGCGGGAUUACUACGAAAAGAAAAAAAAUACUGUUCCUUUGAACGACUUGGACACCCCAGCUCUUCUGAACUAAACACGGUCUUUUUCCUGUUCGCGGGUUGUAUAAAGGCAACGCCAGCAUUAAACAGAUCGCGUAUUCAUAAAUACACCAUAAAAAUAUAAAAGUAUGCGGACUAUGUUGCAGAACACCAGCUGAUAGACGAGUAUUCGCGUUUCCUGAGCGAAAUCUGCGAUGUCGGCAAACUUCACCCAUCCCUGCAUCUCGCUUUCCGGUGUGAUUGACUGGAGCCCCAUCCCUCUUCAGGUUCAUGCCCAGCACGUGCGCUCCCAUUGAUCCGCUGCAGCUGCUAAAGGCACUGUCUCCUCUGCUGUCGCCGCAAGGUGGCAUCCGCAGUUCCGAUGAAGUGUCCAGGUUGUCUAGCCUUAUGAAAAAGUUCUCACGUAAGCUGGUGAGCCGGUGCAUCUACUGCAAUGUGCUGCGUGCUACCUCGCCAGACAUCUUGGAGGUGUUUCUAGAGCUGGACGGUUGGUCUACAAUUCACAUGUGGCUGCAGGAAGCUAAGACUGCUGAGAACAUGCCAUUCCUCUGUGAGCUGCUUAAGCUGUGCCAGAUUCUUCCUAUGUCACUGGAACGACUCAAAGAGAACAGUAGUCCUAAACUUAUUAAAAGUCUGAUGAAAAGCAGCGAUGAAAAUGUGCGUUUAACAGCUGAGAAGGUUGUUAGUGGCUGGAUGAAGCUGAUCAAGGGUGAUUCCAAGGAGGCGGUCAAACCUGCCCGGGAGGCUGAUGCCACAGUCAAGAAAAAGAAAAAGUCGUCAUCAGCUUCUGCAAAUGCUUCAAAGGCCACUCUUGUGAAGAAGGACCGCUCAAAGGGUUCCAUAGAUGAGUCUAGCAGUGAAAAUAGCAAUACCUCUAGUGGCACACAUGGCCCUUCUAAAAGCCCUUCAUCAAGUGGAUCCUCUGAAAAGGAGACCACUUCAACACCGAAGGAAGUGCCAGCUAAGAAGCCUAAAGUUGUUGAUCGUCCUAAAACAGUGAAGACCUUUCAAACACGAUUCCGAUCUACAGGCCUAGAGGAGGCACCCCUGCCACCACCCACAAAAGCAGGUACCAAGAAAGUGAGCCGGCCAGCUGUUGAUAAAAAUGCAGUUUUGUCGGCACGACAAAAGCUUGCUCCGACAGUACAUGCUGAGAGAAGGGUGAAGCCCUCAAGUCUUGUAUCCAUGGGUGGUGAUGGACGUGACACAGCGGGCCCUGGAAUUCGGCUAAUUGCACCAAAACCUGUUCAUGUACUGCAUGAGGAUGGCGGAUUCAUGGAUGCUCUUACGGCAGCUCCUGCACCAUCAACCACAACAGCCGCACGGCGCAAGCGCAAGCCUUCUGGUGCCGCCACAGCUGUGAGCCCUGGAGGUGGCAAGAACGCUGCUUCCAAUUCUCCCACCAGCCCCACGCCUGCUGCGCCAAAGUUCCAGUUCUACAAGGACACACUGGACACUGCAGAGGCCGCAAGGGAAACGGACAGCGAGAAGACAAAAGAAGCUACAAAGAAAGAAGAGGAGGAGGAGGAGGAGGAGGAUGAUAUUGGAAAGAGAGUGAAGCGGAGGAAGAGGGGACAGGCCACAGCAGUUGAAGGCAAAUCUGAUGGAGAGGGUGUUGAAUCCCCAGAAAGAGAGGAUUCGCCACCAACUCCAACAGCUACAGGAGAGGAAGAAGGAACAACAAGUGAAGGCCAGGAAGUCAGCAAGGCUUCAGAAGGGGACAGCAAAGGUGAAACUGCUAACAAGGAAAAUGAAGGUGAAGAGAAGGGCAGUGAGGGUGAUGUAUCAUCAUCAGAUAGGCCAACUUCAAUACUUUCAAUGACACGAAAAAAGACCAAGAAGUCUGUGCGCUGGGUGGAGGAAAGCAAGCUGAAGCAGUUCCACUACUUCGAGCUAGAUGAGACUGAGAGAGUGAACGUCAAUAACUUGCACAACUUUGGUGACAUGAAGACCCUAGAAAUGAAGCGCGAGAGGCAAGCAGUUGAGACAGCCCGUAGGCUGAUGGGCGACCGAAUGGAGGAGGCCAUUCCAUUUCGACCACCUCGGCGAUUGACACUGCCUGAACCUCUUGCUGAGCCAGGUGCCAACAGCCAGGAAAAGGAAACACAGAAGCUUCGGCAGCAGAAAACAUUACAGGAAAUCUAUUUCUCAAAAGAAAUGAUUCCAGACUCUCCAUAUGAACCUGACCCUGAACAAUUGUCUUCACAAGAGCUGAAGAUCAUCCCCCUUGAAGAUGAAAACAGCCCGGGAGGUACAUUGGACUACUCGCACAUGGAGCUUCCCAAAUCCAGCAGCCUGCCACCUAUCUUGUCAAAUCUGGUGCUGUCCAUAGCUUCCAAGGGUCAGCAGCCUCAAGGAAGUGCCUCUUCACACCAGGGGGUGCAGCAGCAGCAGCUUCAGGGUGGCCUCCUACAGGGACAAUUCCAGGGUGGUGGUCCCAUGCAGCAGCAGCAGCAGGGAGCCCUCCUCCAAAAUUUGGCUGGCCUGCAUCAUGGCAGUGGUCAGAUUGCGGCCGACAUUCAGCAGCAACAGGCACUGGCCAUGAUGGGUGUAAUGGGGCCAGAUGGAGGGCAGGCUGGGAUGCACCCAGGGAGUAUACCCAUGGGAGGAGACCCCAAUGGGCCGCCUUUCAUGCAUGGCAAUUCCAUGCCAAACCAAGGCAUAGGGAUGAUGGGUCCUCCAAUGGGCAUUGGUGGAGCUGCAGGCUUCCCCAUGGGAGCCGGUGGUCCAAUGCACCCCCAUGGUGCAGGGGCCAAUGCUGGGGACUGGGGCAUGAUGCACCCUGGCAUGCCUCAGGAUGGGCCAGAGUACUACAACCGAGGACACCAUCCAGGCAUGGGCGGUCCACACAUGGGCAUGGCAGGACCACUAAUGGGAGCCGGUGGUGUAGGGGGCCAGCACAUGAUGGACAUGCCUCGUGGAGGACCACCUCAUGGAAGAAAUUCUCGCAUGAGAAACCAUCCACCCCGUGUACCCUGCAAGUACUAUAUGACCUCACAGUGCCGGUUUGGUGCAAGCUGUUCAUUUUUGCAUCCUGGUGUGAAUGGACCACCACUGCAGUGAUUCAAGAACUUGCUCACUGAAGUGUCACAUUGUGCAAAUCUCGGUGUAUAUAGGUGCCUGUAUAAUAUGUAAAUAGGUUCACAAAUAAUGUGUAAUAUGAAAAAAUUGUGAAGUGGUGUUUAUUUAUUUCUGAUCCUCAUUUUUCAUCUGUGGAUGAUGCAUCCGGAGAAAUCAUGAAGUCGUGACUGGUUGCUGCUCGUGUGACUCUACAUAAAAAGAUGUUUUGUAAAUAAAACGAUUUGUACAUACAUUUUCGCGACACUAUACAGUUAUCAUGUAUCAUGAAUUCAAUGUGUACAUACUUGUAGAUAUGCGCAAACAAAAUCAUAUGUAUAUAGUGAAAACUUUUCUAAAUGAAUUAAAAAUGUUGAUUUUUGUA